AUGGGCAUGGGAGGCGGAUAGUGGGGAAGAUAGGAAGAGUGAAGUAAAUUCAAUCAAGACGGCAGUUCUCACACACGUCUUCUGCUGCCUCUUUCCCGUGGCCACGAAGCAUUUUUCGGAGCCGGUGUGAGAGUGUCGCCACUCGAUCUCGACCCAUUGUUUCUCGAUCCCCGCCCAUAUUUACUCGUUUCCUUUUUUAAACAACUUCUCUGUUUCACAUCUCUCGCAAAUGCAAACUGAGUUUCUACCGGAGUUCACAUACUUGUCCAGCUUUUUGAUUUGAUGUACUCUAUUUAAAUCUCCUCAAUUUUUUCAAGAUUUUUUAUUUGAUGCCAACCAAACGAAAACUUCUCCAAAAUGAGCCCCAAAACUUUUGUGAUUUUUUUCCAGUCAUUUUGAGUUCGGGUAAGGUCCGAAAAUAUGUUUUCCAUUUUUUGACACAAAGUGAGCUUCUAGAAAGUUUCAAACCCGAGUUGAAAGUUCGACCUUUUUCUGCAGACAACCCUGAAAAGAUUUGACUUCUGAUAGAUCUAAUACAUUUCCGUUGAUCCUAGUAAUACAAAAAAUGGCUUUCCUCUCACAGGAAGGCCAGUAAUUGAAAAUUAAUCUUUGAAGUGACACGGUCACUUAUGUAUGUACCACAUGAAUCUUGAUGAAUCCAAAAUGGUAUUCAAAGUCUCAGAAAAAUGACGUUUUUCAUUUUAAAACAUUAUGUAUUCUUUUUUCGUCUUUUCUUUCUACAACUUGGCUUUCUGAAACUUCAAUACUAAACAAAUGAGUUGAGUGGGCACCCUGUCCUACAAGCCAUCGCUUGUCGGCGGCCGCCGCCUUCGCUUCAUAGACAGCUCUGGUAGCAGCAGCGAGACGUGCAGCGAAAAGUCCCGAGCAGCGGCAUGCGCAGAGCAACCGGCCCAAGCGCCAGCCCAAGUGUCGCGGCCACCUCUGCCGGCUCUUCUAGCCCCGCCGGUACGACCAAACUUCAGACGGAUGUAUGCUCGGUUCGUCGUCGAAUCCUGAGCCGCCACUGCUCUCGCGGAUCAUCGGCGUUCCGCCACCACCGCCACCAAGAGCUCCGACCACAGCCCUCGUCCUCCGUGUCCCUCCUAAGCCUAUCAAAAAGCCGCACGAUCCAAAUCGAAACAAAUACGCCGAGAGCGCUCUUUCUAAGGCAGUUUCAUAUUUGAUAUGUUGAAAAAAAAAUCAAAUUUUCGAAUUUAGACUUCAUUAUCCAAACGCAUGCUCACAUUGUAUCGUGAGAAAGUUUCAAUUCAGGAUUUUUUUCCAAAUUGGAAAAAUGUUUUAAUUUAUUAAAAAAAUCAUUCGAGAAAUUUUUGAUGCGCUGUAUUAAAGUCAUGGAAGUCGUUUUUCCUUCAAAUUUCGAUCAUGAAAAAAAUUUUUUCUUAACAAAAGGUUUGAAAUUUUUUUGAAGAUUUCAGCGUGUUGAAUCUUUCAGGAUCUUCAAAAGUGCGCAAAUAAAUUUUUUUAGGCAAUUCAAAAAAACUUGAUAUAAAAAUCAAAUCUUUUUCUUUUUGUAUUCGAAAAAAAUUUCCCGUUUUAAUGUGAAAAAAAUUUUUUUUGAAUCAAAGUUAGGCCAACAAUUUAUUUUCAAGGCCGACUUGGUGUUAUUUUUCUUCCGCGUUCAUAAUCGAAGUGCGUUCCAAGUACAUUUUUCUUCAUCAAAUAUCAGUCUUAGUGCAGAACCUGCAAGAAAAGCAUGUAUUAAUAAACUUGUACGAUUUGAGAAAAUCCCACGGACAAAAGUCAAAAGUUAAAUCUCAGCAGCUCUCACGCUCAGACAAAGUCUACGGGUAAAAACUGCAAAGUGUGAGAAAAAACAAGGGAAAAUUGUUAUUUUUGACCUUAUGACUUCCAGUAUUUUCCCAGUAAAUCUAGGAAAGUCCCAAGGGUAACCACCCCGAACAUUCAGCAAGAUAAAGCCUUUUAAUCGGUAACCUUUUGCAGCGUACGCCCCUUGAGAAGGCACGACAUCUCGACAACCUACCCUCGUAUCAGGUUUGUUUCAUCUUUCUCAUUUCCUCGGCUCGGUUUGGCGCUCUUUGUUUCUCACAAAACAUAUAGAAAUGAGUGAAAAGAGGUAUAAUUAUUCCUAACUUCGGCUUGAAAAGUAAUUUUAUUCCCAUAAGUUAGGUAUUCAUUUUUUUAAAUUAUUCUUAUUCCUUUUUUUGAUUAAGCAUAUACUGAUUUAAAUUUCUUAAAACGGAAAACUACUGCGAAUGAAUUUAGACCUUUAUAUACCCAAGCAAGCAGUCUUCUGAAAAUGAUUUUUUUCGUAUUCGUUCAUCGUUUUGAAUGCAUCUUCCCGAUGCGAGAAAUUUUUUUCACAAUUUUAAAAAUAUCCUGAAAAGUUUCCGGAAUAUCUAAUGAAAAACGUUCUUUACCAAAAGAAAAAAUUCAAAUUUCGGAUGUGUGGAACUUGAGGACCACUAUGAAAAAAGAUUAAAAGUUUCGUUAAAGUUUGAAAUUUGACAAACCCAGAGUUCUAACAAAUUUUUUCAGCUUCUUCUAUCAGCGAAUUUAUUUCACUUUGAAUAAGUUUUUGUUUUGUGACUUUUGAAUGAUAUUGUAGUUUUGAACUUUUACCAUUUUUUAAAACUUUGAUUCAACUUAUUACUUUUUCCUCAAGUCGGUCCAUCUUUUUGCGAAGAGCUGAAUCUUCAAACAUGCUGAAGCUACGGAAGAAAAAAUGCAGCACGUCGCCUCAUUACAUUGGAGCAACUGGAAGAACUGAAGUGGCGGCAAGUGCGCAUGUGGGAGGCGGAGCGUCGCCUUAAUCCAUCGUCGAUUGAACUAGUCGAGAACGACAUUGCUUCGAACAAAAAUUUGAAAACGGCUCGUCCACAAAGUUUCUUUCCUUGAAUUGAUGCUCUACUCGCAACUAUCGCACGGCGACGACUAGAUAAUGCUAUUUGGCUGAUCAGGAACGGCCUCCGCCCUCCGUUUUCGUCGACUUUGUGCAAUGAUGCCCUGCGCGACGAGUACAACCGUUGCUUAGAGCUUCUACUCUUCUAUUUUUCUCGGUUUUUCUGUGAUUCCAAAUAUUAUGUAAGCUCGUCUCUGGUUCUUACCAUACUAUGUACCAAACAAGACAAGCGAACACCCGUUACAUCAAAAAGGUUGAGUUUUUCUUCGGUUUCGAGUUGUUUUCUGAAACAGAGAUCUGAAGUCCAUUUGUCACAAGUUUAGGACGGAGGGAACGCAAAAACAAAGUUUUACUUUGAUCACCGUUUGUUGAAUCUGUAGAACCGUUUGAACCGGUAUUGAUCCAACUGAAAACUAACUUUCUGGAAAUGAAGAAAAAUGAGCAACGAGCCGAGCUGCUUAACUUUUAACCCUUGUUGAUGGGUUAUAAGCCAAACUCUCUCGGUUUUAGGCUCAAAAGUUGCUUGACGGGUCUCAUCAGUUGAGGAUCGAUUCACAUCACGUCGGUGCACCUGGACACGGAGCUGGUGAGUUUUUUCCCCUAGCCUUGAGAAUUUCUUCCUUCUAAAAACUCCAUACUUGGAUUUGUGGGAAGUUUUGCCCCGCGCCAAAGGACUUCCUUGCACAAAUUUCCAUAAAUUUUGGCUUUGGGUCUGCUUCUCUUCGUUUUGCCGCCGAAUAAUUUUGAAUAAGAGGCGUGAAAUACUAUCAUUACUGUUGGAACUCCAGGCCACGGACACAAAAAGGAGUUCGGGCCAGCGAUGAUCCUCUACUACUUGGCGUCGGCGUUUCGAGCGCUCUACCCAAGACUUGACGAUGACUUUGUUGAUAAGCUCAACUACUAUUACACGACUACCAUUCGUUAGUUUUUGGUUGCACGAAAUGAAGUAUGAGAGUAGGUGAAAUUGUAGAUUUUUAUGUACACUGAAGUUGCCGAGAUUGCCUUAAAAAUCGUCAUUUCUUCGAAGCUUUGAAAAAAAUUAUUUUCUUGAUUUCUCCACAUGUAGCGAUUUGAUGAAACCUUAUGUACAAGAGCAACGCAAUUUAAAAAUGUAUUUCAGUUGCUUCUUUCGCCCUUCUAGUUUCUGCAAAGCAGUAUGUUGGUGAGUGAAUUGUUUUCUAUUAUACGUAUUGAUUUUUGUUUCCAGGAUUCCCUAUUCAGUGCUGGGUGCCAGCAACAUUCACAGACGCCAUGGAGCAGUACACGGAAAAUUACUGCUGGGUCCAGAAUACUUACUGGGUUCCAAUGCAGGUCAGCUCAGUAAAGUCGAAAAAAAACUAGAAAAAAAAAUUAAUUUGUAGAUCUGAGCCAUAAGUCCCUUGUUAUAAGCUAUUUUCCCGUACAGAGUAAAUAAAAAAAAACAAAGAUGAAACUUUUGGAAGGUGUGUCGAUCCAAAAAAAAUGAGCUUACCGCAAUGAAAUUUUCCGGAAACUCGCAUUUCAGGAAGAUAUUCCGCGAGAGAUCUACUCCAGACGUAACCGCCAAAUUGGUUAUUACCAGUGGGUGCCGUUUAUUCUUGCCAUCGAGGCCUUGCUAUUCUACGUCCCUUGUAUAUUAUGGAGAGGUCUGCUGUAUUGGCAUAGCGGUAAGGUCUUUUUCCGAGUUUUUCCUAUUGAUGAGUCAAAGUUUAAAUAAAAAGACAUAAGUUUAGGGAUAAACUUGCAAGGACUAGUUCAAAUGGCUUGCGACGCCCGGCUCAUGGACUCCGAGGUCAAAACGAGAACAGUUUACACGAUGGCACGGCACAUGCAAGACGAAGUUCAGGUGAGCCUCAAAAAAAGGAGAAACGAUUUUUCUGAAUAUUCUGAGUUUUCCUACUUCAUUUUCCGCGUUUUUGCUAAAGAUCACCCAUCAAUUUUUUAAGAUACAGCUGUUUUGAAACUCCCAAAUAAAACAAGGCAUUAUGGACGGACAAACAUGUUCGGAACUACCAAACGCUAUAUUCUGUGUGUCACGAGUUGAAAUUUCGCCGAACGACAUUCCGCUGUUCCGCUGCGUGCAUUCGCGAAGCGUCUUUCGAAUUUAUAUCACGCUUACUAAUGAUUUUCAUUGCUGUGGUAGUACAGGAAAGUAAAGUAUCUCAAAAAAAGAAAAAAAAAGUUAAAAGCGCGACCAAAAUUCGCAAAGGCGCGCAGCGGCACAGCGGAAUGUCGUUUGGUAAAAUUUCAAUUUGUGGCACAUAAACUAUGUUUAUCGAAUUUUUUUCCGCUUUUCGUAUUGUGAUUCUUAUAAUUUCUUUUUCAAAUCAGUGGUGCAAGUACAGAAUGAUGGAGAAGAAUUUGAUCCCCCUCGAAACACUAAUAACAAUUUUCAAUGAGUUCAUCAAGAUCAAGAAAUAUCAAAAAAUAGAUUGGUCAAAUAAACUUUCAGCUAACUAACAUCGACAGAGCAGCUCACAGUCGCGGCUGUUUUUCGAAUAUUCAAAUAGGAGCCAAUUGCGGAAGGCAUUGUGGCUGCUACGUUACAAUGCUGUACAUUGGCAUUAAAGUACGUGAAUUUCCCUCAUUUUAUACUUAUUCAUCUUUCGAAAAAUUUCAGGUGCUGUACUCGGCGAAUGUGCUUCUUCAGUUCUUUUUGCUCAAUCAUUUACUCGGGUCCAAUGAUCUAGCCUAUGGCUUUUCUUUACUCAAAGAUCUGAUGCACGAGAUCGAAUGGGAGCAAACAGGAAUGUUCCCCAGAGUCACUUUAUGCGAUUUUGAAGUGAGUUUGUUUUGUUCAAUCACACAAAACAAUUUUUUUUCAGGUCCGUGUACUUGGAAACAUCCACAGGCACACUGUGCAAUGCGUUUUAAUGAUCAACAUGUUCAAUGAAAAAAAUCUUCUUAUUUUUUUAUGGUAAAGUUUGAUUUAUAAAAAAAUAAAAAAAUUUACUUAAUUCGAUCAACUUUCCAGUUUUUUUAUCAAUAAAAAAAGAAAAACUUAUAGGUUUUGGUUCUUAACAUGUGGCAUUAUCACAGUAUUCAAUACAGUCUACUGGAUACUUAUAAUGUUCAUACCUAGUCAGGUACAAAGUUCUUGUUUAAUUUUAUUGUUGAACUGAUCCUUUCCAGGGCAUGUCGUUUGUUCGGAAGUAUCUACGAGUCUUGCCGGAUCAUCCAGCAAAACCGAUCGCUGAUGACGUAACACUCAGGAAAUUCACGAAUAAUUUCCUCAGAAAAGACGGUUGGCGUUCAUUUUAUAAUUUGAGAGUCUAACAUUACUGAGUAUUCAAGUUCAGCCAAGUUUAUUUGAGAAACACGCGGUUGAGAUGAGCUUGAAUCCUUUCUAUGCAAACCAAAAAAAAACCAACUUUUGAUACAAAAAACUGUUUCACUGUCUUGUAAGGGAUUUUCAGUUAAGCUAUUAAUGAAUCGUGUUAUCUUCUAUCAUUGUCGUUUUUCGUGUACUUUUAUGUAAUCAAUCGCCUUUUCCAGGGGUUUUCAUGUUGCGUAUGAUUUCGACGCACGCGGGAGAGCUGAUGAGCAGCGAACUGAUCCUGGCUCUGUGGCAAGACUUUAACAACGUCGACCGAAGUCCGACUCAGUUUUGGGACGCCGAACACGGCCAAGGAACGCUCGACUGA